AGGAUCAAGGAUCGUAGUCAUGCCAACACCAGCCUCAGUGGCCGAAGGAUCUAAGGCGCAGCCACAAGCUCCUGGACGCUUCAUUGUUACCAUGAAUCCAAUUCUUCAGGCAGUCUUUGGCGUCGGGACAUCGGGGAGUCCAGACUGGACAACAACAUGCACUGUGACAGAAGCAGAUGCUACCAUGCUCAAGAUGCAAGAGUCUUCCUUCCUUGGCGUUGAAGGGGCCACAUCUCUGAAAGCCGAAAUCACAGGCAAGAUUCCUGAACUGAAUUCUGCGGCUCACUACCGGUCAGCCAGAAAUUUGAUGCAGGACUUGGGAGGUGCUCUAGCUGUCAAGGAAGAGCUGAUCUACUCUGGAUAUGUCAGCGGUGAGACCUCCAAGCUCACCUUGCUUGAUAGACCUAUGAACAUUUUUGCCCUUCUGUCCAGUGGGAAGCUGAAGCAGCCAGAAUCUGAAUCCGAGCAGGACUUUCUGGGCACCUUCAAGACCAAGUUCAAGAUUUGCAGAAACAAACUGGAGAAUGACAUCAACUGGGAUAAUCCGGACAUGAAGUGGGUGAAGACGGCUUCUAUGGCUCGGAUGCAUAGGUUCCUGACAACCAGGGAUUUACAUUAUCAAUGGUUCAACCCGCUGGUCUUCGGACUGGUCCCCACAGAGGAUGAUGGUGUCAAUGCUAGAGCAGCUUUGGCAGAGGUUGAGCAGAUGAAAUCGGCAGCACUCCUUUUCGCCAAGAAUGCUGGUUGGUCAGACAAGAUCGGGCUUUUUGUCAACGUGUUCGGUCACAACAAUGUGAAUUCCCUUUUCAUUCAUGUCCUAGACAUGUCAGAGCUUGGGCCAGCAUUUAGCUACCACUCCUUCAAGAAUCUACCCCUCGACGAUGUUAUCAAGGUUCUGCGGGAGGAGGCAGCUAGCAACUUUCUCCCAGCCCCUGUGAGAACAACAGAUCUCCCCGGCCUGCUUGAGAAAGCAGGUGCCAGGCGGCGUAGAGAUUCAACCGUGGGAGACACUACUAAAACCCUUGGCAACUUCUUCUUCGCAGGCACCGAUGGUGCAACAUCUGUGAAAGCAGAGGUUGUCGGUCGGCUUCCUAUCAUCAAAGAUGCAGCCAGCUUCAGAGCUGCCAGGAGAAUGCUCACUGAAGAGCUCGGAGGGAUGGCCACUUUGAAGGAAGAGCUGAAUCGGAGUGGUUUCAUAGACCCGGUGACCGGCAACCUCACAACUGGAACACGGCCCUUCAAUGUGUUUGCUCGCAUUGGUGGGGGAGUGAUGACACAGCCGGGUAUGGACAAAGAGCAGGAAUACCUGCAGGAGUUCAAGGAUCAUUUCAUCAUUUGCAGCAACUUGCCCGCCAAUGAUGAGCAUUGGGACUCAGACGACAAGGAAUGGGUUGGAAAAGCUUCAAUGUCCAAGCGACAUCGCUUCUUGACCUGCAAGGAUUUGCAUUGGCAAUGGUUCAAUGUCUUGGGAUUCGGGCUCUUACCCGAAUCCAAAGGCGGUGCUGGACUUGGUCGUUCCAUUGCCUUAGUUGAGGUGAUGAAGGCGGCGGCCCUGCGGUACACUUCAGUGUGCCCAGGAUGGAGUGACCGAGUGGGCCUUUUCUUUCAUGUCUUUGGCCACAACUCUGUGAACUCUCUACAUCUCCAUAUUCUUGACAUGGCAGAACUUGGUCCCACUUUCUGGCAUUAUGAGUACAAGAACUGCCCUCUAGAUGUUGUCUUGAAGGUCUUGAAGGAGGAGGCAUCUGCCAAUUCAAUGGGAUCGGAAAACUAUGGUCUCAUGGCAGAGGUGACAGCUGCCGCAAAAGCUGCAGCAGCUGCUGCUGAAGCAGCUGUAGCAGGAAAUCGUCCAUCCAUUCGAAUGGCUAACGGUGUUGAGAUUUUGAAUUUGAAUGUUGGCGGAGAGCUUUUUGCAGUGACCCGAGGGUCGAUGCUGCAGGCCCCUCCUGGUAGUUUGCUCCACAAGAUCUUUGCUCCAGAAAGCAGGUGGCUGUCCAAUCUUGAUGCAAACCAGCGACCGUAUCUUGACUAUCCAGCGACUGCUUUCAGGUAUAUUGCAGAUCACUUCAGGUUGCUUUCACAGCUUUCUCCAGAGAAUGUGUUACGACCAGUGCAGGUCCCAGCCAACCAGGAAAAACAAGUCAGAGAAUUGGCUUGGAUUUUGGGAGUUGAAGACAUUGUAUUCAAUCCACAGUAUGGGACAGACCCCACCCUUCCGAGAUUACCACCUCGCAAGUGGCAGCUCUGCUGUGCCCGACGCUCGCCUAGGGUAUCCACAAAAGCCCCAGAUCCUCCAAGUUCAACGGAUUCCAAGGUGUGAUGUUUCACCGCUUUGCCUGUUUCAAUGUGAAAGCCUGAUCCAAAAAUGAUGCAAGUGCAAUCAAUAGGUUUUCCACCAGACGAGUGACGAUUGGAGCCCACAUCUACAACAGACCAGUUGAUUCCAGUCCGCAGACUAUCC